AUGUAUGAGACUCUCAAGUCCGCCUUAGUUAAUGAAUUUCAAGAUUCCGAGGAAAAACGAUUGCAAAAAUUGUUGGAAAAUAUUCAGUUGGGUGAUAAACGUCCCUCUACACUGUUGCGCGAAAUUCGGCAAUUAUCAUUAGGUAAGAUGUCGGACGAUAUGCUGAAAUCUUUAUGGUUCCAACGUUUGCCAGCAACUUUAAAAGCGCUGUUAUCAAUAAGUUCGGAUAGCUUAGAUAAACAGGCGGUCAUGGCUGACAAAAUAAAUGAUCAGCUUGAUUCUUCCUUUCUUUGUCGAGUUAGUACGCCUAGCCAAACUCCACUUGAACAAAUAGAAAAAAGGAUAAGUGAACUUAUUCAGCGCAUUGAUGCAAUAAAUUCUCCUCUAUCCCAUCGCAGCCGUAAUAGAAGCACAAGCAAUAGCAGAGACCAAAAUGUAUCAAGAAACUUAUGUUGGUAUCAUUUUACGUUCGGCUCAAAAGCGAAUAAAUGCCGUCCUCCUUGUGCACACCAAGCGGAAAUCUAA